CCCCAACCUAGUACACAACCUAAGUUCAGGUUAUGCGCCAUCUUGGUGCGCAUACUUCAUGAGGUCCAAAUAAUUUCAUAUAACACAGCAUAAUAAAUUAUAUUAUAAUUAUUAUUCAUGUCUGAUCGGAGCAGUAACGGUUAAUGAAUCAAGAUUGCAUUGUUCAGUGAUUAAAAGUCGUUAUAUCUCUGUUUUCUGGACAAUGUGUAUAAUAUAAAUAAAAGAUUUCCAGCUAUUAAAUAGAAAGGACAUAUACUGAAUAUUUGGUCCCGGAAGGGAUUAUUAAUAACUGCGUCGCCUGUGGGGAACUGCAAUCUCACUGACCAAUAAUAACUGGUUAACCAAUCCCGAAAGGCCGCAGUUUGAUGUGACUAAGCCGCCGUGUAAACUUCCCUUCUCCCCGGGAUAAGUAUAAAAAUGCCGUCUAAAAAAAGUCUGUAUUACCCAUCAUUAGAAACUAAGUGUAAUUAAUUCCUUGCACACAUAAUUUGGAAAUUAUUAGAUUUGGUAAUAUGGCGUUAAGUCAUAAAAUACGACCAGCAACUGAAAAAGAUGCAGAAAGCGUCACCACGAUGGUAAGGGAACUUGCUGAGUACGAGAAUAACCUGGGCAAGUGCCGGAUGACCCCUGAAAUUUUUACGAGAGACGGUUUUGGGGAAAAUGCAGCUUUUAAAUGUCUAAUUGCAGAAACCAAAAUUGCUUCGUCGAGUGCUAUUCAGGACGUUGGGUACGCAAUUUUUCAUUUUACAUAUUCUGUACAUGGAGGAAGAACAAUAUAUCUUGAAGAUUUAUAUGUGAAGGAACCUCAAAGGAAGCACGGUAUCGGGGCUGAUUUAAUGAAAGCAGUCGCAAAAAUCGGGAUAGAAAAAGGCUGUCUUCAAUUUAAAGCAGCUUGUUAUAAAUGGAACUGUAAUGCAUUGGAAUUUUACAAAUCAGCGGGUGCUAGAGAUAUCACAGAAGAAACUGGACUGCAUAUUAUGAGGUUCGGACAAAAUGAAAUGCAGAUAUUAGCUGAGGAAAAAUAAUAUGCAAAGGCUGUUUUGUUACACGACCUUG